GCCGGGGCCAGCUGCCCGAGCCCGAGCCCGGGAACGGCGGCUCUGAGGGGAGCGGACCUCCCCGCUAGGGCGCCUCCGACGCCACCAUGCUGCGCCCGGGCCCCCGCCUGUGGCUGGUCCUGCAGGUGAUGGGUUCGUGCGCCGCCAUCAGCUCCAUAGACAUGGAGCGUCCGGGCGACGGCAAGUGCCAGUCCAUCGAGAUCCCGAUGUGCAAGGACAUCGGCUACAACAUGACCCGCAUGCCCAACCUGAUGGGCCACGAGAACCAGCGCGAGGCCGCCAUCCAGCUGCACGAGUUCGCGCCGCUGGUGGAGUACGGCUGCCACGGCCACCUCCGCUUCUUCCUGUGCUCUCUGUACGCGCCCAUGUGCACCGAGCAAGUCUCCACCCCCAUCCCCGCCUGCCGGGUCAUGUGUGAACAGGCCCGGCUCAAGUGCUCCCCGAUCAUGGAGCAGUUCAACUUCAAGUGGCCCGACUCGCUGGACUGCAGCAAACUCCCCAACAAGAACGACCCCAAUUACCUGUGCAUGGAGGCGCCCAACAACGGCUCGGACGAGCCCCCCCGAGGCUCGGGCAUGUUCCCGCCGCUCUUCAGGCCGCAGCGGCCCCAAAGCGCGCAGGAGCACCCGCUGAAGGACGGGGGCCCGGGGCGCGCCGGCUGCGACAACCCCGGCAAGUUCCACCGCGUGGAGAAGAGCGCGUCGUGCGCGCCGCUCUGCACGGCCGGCGUGGACGUUUACUGGAGCCGCGACGACAAGCACUUCGCCGUGGUCUGGCUGGCCGUGUGGUCCGUGCUGUGCUUCUUCUCCAGCGCCUUCACCGUGCUCACCUUCCUCAUCGACCCGGCGCGCUUCAGGUACCCCGAGCGCCCCAUCAUCUUCCUCUCCAUGUGCUACUGCGUCUACUCGGUGGGCUACAUCAUCCGCCUCUUUGCCGGCGCCGAGAGCAUCGCCUGCGACCGCGACAGCGGCCAGCUCUAUGUCAUCCAGGAGGGCCUGGAGAGCACGGGCUGCACGCUGGUCUUCCUGGUCCUCUACUACUUCGGAAUGGCCAGCUCGCUGUGGUGGGUCAUCCUCACGCUCACCUGGUUCCUGGCUGCGGGCAAGAAGUGGGGCCACGAGGCCAUUGAGGCCAACAGCAGCUACUUCCACCUGGCAGCCUGGGCCAUCCCGGCCGUGAAGACUAUCCUGAUCCUGGUGAUGCGCAGGGUCGCGGGGGACGAGCUCACGGGCGUCUGCUACGUGGGCAGCAUGGACGUGCACGCGCUCACCGGCUUCGUCCUCAUCCCGCUGGCCUGUUACCUCGUCAUCGGCACUUCCUUUCUUCUCUCGGGCUUCGUGGCCCUUUUCCACAUCCGGAGGGUGAUGAAGACAGGCGGGGAGAACACGGACAAGCUGGAGAAACUCAUGGUGAGGAUUGGGGUCUUCUCCGUGCUGUACACCGUGCCGGCCACCUGUGUGAUCGCCUGCUACUUCUACGAACGCCUCAACAUGGAGUACUGGAAGGUCCUGGCCGCACAGCACAAGUGCAGGAUGAACAACCAGACGAAAGCCCUGGACUGUCUCAUGGCCGCCUCCAUCCCCGCGGUGGAGAUCUUCAUGGUGAAGCUGUUCAUGCUGCUCGUGGUGGGCAUCACGAGCGGCAUGUGGAUCUGGACGUCCAAGACUCUGCAGUCCUGGCAGAACGUCUGCAGCCGCAGGUUCAAGAAAAGGAGCCGGAGGAAACCGGCCAGCGUCAUCACCAACAGUGGAAUUUACAAAAAAUCCCAGCAUCCCCAAAAAACGCAUCUCGGAAAAUACGAGAUCCCCGCCCAGACGCCCACCUGUGUGUGAAGGGCUUGGAGGGACAGCGGGGAGGGAGACUUUCCCAGAGAGCCUGCAGCGGCUGUCAGAGCCACAACACGGUGCUUUUCUUGGUUGGUUGGUUGGUUUUUUAAAUAAAAGUAAAAGAAAAAAAAAAGUUUUUACCCUGAAAUUCAGGAUGCUGUGAUACACUGAAAGUAAAAAUGUCCUUAAAGGUUUUUGUCGUGUUUUGUUUUCAGUGAUGGAGAGCUCCUCCUGAAGUAGCCUCUUGUGUAACUAAUUUGUGGUCAAGUGGUUGAUUCCGCCCCCAGAAGAAAACUUUUGUUUAGAACCUUCUGUAAAUAUACAUCUGUGUGUUUGAGUUAGCUUGGCUAUCCAUUUACAAAUCAGAGAAAAGAUAAGUUCUUUGCAACUUAAAGAGCCUCUGCUGGGCUGCAGGGGGGAGGGGGGGAGAGAGAGAGAGGCAGAAGAGCGAGUCCCUCUCUAGCAAGUGAGCCAUCCCGGGGGGCCCACCCUCAGGAAGGCUGCCUCUAAGACAGCAACUUCUGUGCAAACAGGAAGACAGAGAAAGCCUGACAAGUCUGCACACUCCAGUGGAUUCGGAGUCACUUAAAAUAGACUCCAGCCCCUAGCCUUCACAAAUGGUCUUUCUCCAAGGCGGAAACUUCCACCAAACCUAGCAUUUGUAAAUGCAAAUGAUGUGCAAUACAGUUUUUUCUCUUUCCAUGAAAAUAAAAAGAGAAACAAGUAUUUUGCUGUACAUAAAGACAACAAAAGAAAUCUCCUAACAAAAGAACCCAGAGGCCCAGCCCUCAGAAACCCUUUAGUGUUACAUUUUGUGGCUUUUUAAUGGAAACCAAGCCAAUGUUAUACACGUUUGGACUGAUUUGUGGAAAGGAGGGGAAAAGGGGGAGAAAGAUCAUUCAGAAGCACCCAAAGAGCUUAUUGACUCUUUCUCUUGUGAAACAAACGGUUGCCAUGAAUAGAUCAAGAAGC